GUUAUAGGUUCAGUGUUGAACAACACUUGUUAUAAAAGUAUAUAUUUUUAUUUUAGUUUUUAAAAUUAUUUUAAAGUAUUUUUCUAUGGUUACAUGAUUCAUGGUGAACAACAUUUCUUUCUAUGUUACAUAAUACUAUGAUAUAAAUUAAAAUAUUAUAAUAAUUUUCAUAUAAUAUAAUUUUUUGAUAACCAAAACAAAUUCUUGUAUUACUUCCAUAAAGGAGAAUCAUCAUCGGAAAGGAAACAUAAUGCUUCAGAAUUACAUUUAUAACUCAAAUGAGAAUUAAAAUUCUUGAAACAAUGCUUGAUAUAAUUAAAAUAUGUUUAAAAUGAGUAUUUUUUCACCUUUUUAAAAAUGUAGUUUACAAUCUAGCAGCAUCCAGAUUGUAAGAGAAGCUACUUUUCUACAGCAUAUCUUCAUAAAGGUUUGCCAAAUUUCACCUUUUCAUAAACAAUACAUUGAGUUUGAAAUCUGAAACAAAACUAUUAAAAUGCCUUACUCAGAUCUACUUCCUUUUAUUACUCUUUACAAUUCUAAUAUAUUUCCAACCCUGUAUAAGACUAUGUAAUAUGAAUAACCUGUUAAAGUGGCAAUAACAAUAGAGGCAGCCGGAUGGCUUGGUGGACUGAGAGACAGCCAUACUAGAGGUGGGAGGUAAUAGAUUCAAAUCUGGCCUCAGACACUUCCUAGGUGUCACCCUAAGCAAGUCACUUAACCCCAUUGUCUAGCUCUUACUACUCUUGUGCCUUCAAAGCAAUAUAUGACAUUGUUUCCAGGAAAGAAGAUAAGGAUCUAAAAGAUAGUAAUGAGAGCAAUAAUAACUAACACUUAUAUAGUGUUUUCCAUAAACCAAGUAGGAUAAUAAACCUUUCACAGAGAGAGGAUCUGAGCCUCUGAGAAUUCAGAGAUUUCCUUGAUCCUCUCUCUGGCUCUGGCAUGGCAGAUGGUGUGGGGGAGAUGUGAUCAGCUUGUGCUCUGAUAAGUGCAAUUUUGCCCUUUCUUAGCAUUAGAACCCCCAAACACUGCCUACCUUUAAAGCUUAAUCCCAUGGUAGAGCCCCUUUGCUCUUCUGGUUUUGAUUUCUGUCCUUUGGAGAGGUUUUGUAAUGAUUGGUUGGAAGGAGGUUCAGAAGGCUCCUGUUGCUACACUGCCAUCUUAGCUCUGCCCCCCAAUGCCUCCAUCUGCUGUUAAUCUUGUGAGUAAAAAUUUUUAUGUAAAUUGAGAAUUAUUAAGCCACAUGUUAUGAUUAUAAUUGUUGUAAAUUUGCUUGAUGAAAAUUUGUUGAUGUAAUAAGUGAAUGUAAUGAUGAGAAUUUGUCUUUUGCACUAUUAGACCAGAAUAAAAAUCUCUCAAUCCUAUAAUUUUUACCAAAAGAGGAAAAUGACCACCUGUGCCUCAGUAGUUUGAGUUGCACUAAUGAUAAGUCCAGUUAUUUCGCUACUGUGAUGGCGAUUCUUCAUAGUGCCACUCAUUUCUCAGUGUUGAUUUGUCGGCUGUCUUCUAUUCCGUAAGUGCUGUAAAACCUGAAGCCCAAUAUUUGUUGCAUUUACCUGAUUAGAUACCAAUGUCAUGUGGAUCAGACUGUCACAGACCAUCAUAAACUCUCCAAAAGAUUUCAGAUAAUUUAGGAGGACUUACCAACUCCACUGCAAAGCUGACUCAUUCUUGGCCUCCCCCAGCCAUGAAAUGGUUCCCUUUGAUUCAGGAAGGUAAACAAGACAUCCCAGGUACCAGGAAAAAGGACUUUUCCCAAGGAGGACCUGUCAGCACCCAGGACCAAGAGACGGGUAUAUUCCAUAUCAGGGUCAGCUGGCUAUUAGCCCUAACAUUCACCUUCUGGAGAGACAGUGAAGCCACUUUACUGUGUUCACUGCAGUUUCUCUUUCAAAAGCACUCAAAACCACAAUUGGCCCAAGGUUAGCAUUUCCCCAUGCCUAGUGACUUGAGCUGCUACGCCACUGAAUGCGGGCUUCCUUAGACCAGAGGCUUGCUAGAAAAAUGGAAAAUGUAAAACAUCACUGUCACCUCAAAUCCCCACCUGAUCUUCAUCUAUCUGGGGGAAGCCUGGUAUGACUGUAAAACCAAAACAAAACUAUACAGAUUUCACUGUUCCCCCCUGGCAAUCCUGGCUUAGAGGAGGUGAAGGCAGUUACCAGAACUACCGUGGUUUGGGGCUGCAGGAACUGCAGUGGUUUUUGAGGUCAUCCUCUCUUCUGCCUGAUCUAUAUGGCCAGGCAGCUAAAUUUAUUGCCAUUCCAAGAACAGAACUGGUUCAGCUCCAAAGAUAGCAGCAGUUGGAGAAGGCCCAGCCUAUAAAUGCUGCCCAGGACACUGAGGCUGGAGGUGACAAAGAUGGAUGGACAAUCAUCAUCUGUGAAGACACCCAUGAAGAUAAAGAAGGCAAAGACACAAGGCUAAAAUGCAGUCCGGGUAUCACAGAUUCUAGGUGAGUACUGAAGUCAAGCCUUUUCUUUGUAAAAAUGUCAUCACCCAGCAUGCCUGGCAAUUCAUGCCCAGAAGUCAUUAUUGUGUGCAAAGCAAUCCCAGUCAUAAAAUGGGCGAGAGUAGCUGACCAGAUCACUUCAGUACUUUCUAGUAGAACAUUAGAAUGUCUACAAUGUAUUGCUUAUUAAUAUGAUUCAAAAGGGGUAUAUCACUAAAAAGAGGGGGAAAUAGCUUUGGAAAAGUUUCAUAAUUUUGAAAAAUAAAAUCAGAAAUACAAUUUUUGAAAUAAAUUAGAAAUAAAAUUGGGUCAUGAAAAUAUAGAAACAGUUUUCAAUUUAACUUUGAAUGUGUGAUCAUUUAGAAAUUUUAUAAAAAUUGUUUAUAAAAAAUUGCAUAGAAAAUAUAGAAGAAACAAAUUUUAUUGAAAAUGUUUUAUAAGUGAAAUUAUUUUGGUACUGAAAGAAAUAACAUUUUGGCCUGUAUUUCAAUUGCAUAUUUUGCCCGGAAACUCAAUUUUAAUGUAAGAAAUUGAAAAGGUCUGGGAUCUGAAUCAAACCUGGCAAAUCCAUUCUUCCUCCAAAUCUUAUAAAAAGUAGAACAUCUUGUUCCAUAUGGAUUUCUUCGAUAAUUAUGUGAAGCAGAGUAUGGUUUCUCCUAUGUUUCUUGGGACUUUUUCAUUGCUGCAUUGACUGGGAUGGAACUAUUCCAAAUUCCCAUAACAGCUUUGUAGUUCAGAAUAUAGAAAGACAAUCCUAUUGUGAAUUGCAGAUAUAUCAAAUAAAGAGGCAUAGGAAGAAAAACUUACAGUGGAGGGGAAGAUGAUGGUGGUGAUGGGCAAUCAGCAUAACUUAAUCUCAUUGAGAAGGCCAGUCACACUCAUUGGGGUAUAUAGAAUCUUAUCUUACUCUAUAAAGGAACAGAAGGAAAAUAUAAAAGGUGGUGGAGGGGGGCAAUAAUAAAAGGGAGGGGGAAUAGGAGGAAAAAAGGGAUUGUGGUAGUGUAUAAUUGGAAAUCUGUUACCCUAAAAAAUAACUAUAUUUCCUGAGAGCCCACUGACUUCCUGUCAUUAUGUAUUUCCUUUAGACAGAUGAUAAAGACAAUGGACAUUGAGGCUCUUCUCUCUUUGGCUUGCAGCCAGCUUUGUGAUGGUGGUGAAUGGAGAUUUUGAAAUGGCUAAUCUGCCAUGGGCACAUGGUCUUGUUGGAAGACUUUGAGUUCAAAUCCAGCCUCAGACACCUACUCUGAUCCUGAGCAAGUCACUUAACCUGCCUCAUUUUUCUCCCCUGUAAUACGGGGCUCAUAAUGGCAUAGCCCAGGACUGUUGUUAGCUACAAAUAUUUGUAAAGUGCUUAGUCCAUGUCCUAGGUUCCACCUAUUCUUUCUUUUUGAGAUGGACACUUGACUACCCAUCCCUCCAGGGAAUCUCCAGCUUCCCUGAACUGGGCUUAGGGGAAAAGAGUAAACCAAGUUACCUUUUCCUGGUUCAUCAAUGAACUAGAUAAGCAGACCACCAAGGCCUUUAAUAACAAGAGAUUACAUGUAGAUGGUGCUUAAACAUUGACAAAGUCUGACCUAUAUGAUCUCAAGCCACUGAUAAAAAUGUUUGGUGGAACAAGAUUCAGCCAUAAUCCCCAAGGCUCUUAGGGGCUGACCACUUCCAGCUGUUGUUAAACUGUUCCAGACCACUGGAGCAGCUCUGAACUGUUCUCCUGUCUCUCCUCCAUCUGUCUCUCUUGCUGGAAGUAUAUUUAGGAAGUUCAGCGAUCAGAGUUAAGGAUUAGCUUUUGUUUUACUGGUGGUGACCACUGGGACCACUGACUCUCCUGUCCCCAAUAAAAAGCUCCCAGGUAACAGCACCAUGGUGUCAAGGAAGAUCAGUCAACAUUCUGGCUCCUGGAGAGCAUGUGCCUCCUUGGCAUCUCCAGCCAAUGACUCCUCUAAUAAGGAGAGAUGGCUCACCCUCAGUAACAGAAGGGCUUUCCACAGGCGCCCCAUUCCUGUGGUUUCUUUCCAGUGAGAAGGAAAUUAAUCAGAGUCCCCCAGAGAAAGUACUGCUUCUCUGAUUCUACUAAGGCGGUUCUCUCCAGCAAGAAUCCUCUCAGGUUGAGGAAGCAGCUGUGAUCCAGAGGGAGGCCUUCCUUCCACAUUCACUGCAAUUCCAGGACUUCUUCGUUUCAUGAAUCUGUUUUUCAAGCAAUGAAAGAUCUGUAUUUUGGCAGCAGGCCUUUCCCACUCAUUGCAGUCUAGGGCUUCUCUCCAGCAUGAGUUCCCUGAUGUCUGGCCGUGACCUUCUGCAGGGAAAACCUGGGGACUGAGCCUGGGGGUGCCUGCAGGAAAGAGCUCCUCCUGGGCUCUUGGGGGCAGGCAGGCCUAGGGGGACCACGCAGAGGGUGCUGGACACCCCUGAUGCCUCCCCUGAGGGCAGGCCUGGCCACCCUUCCUGGAGGCCUCCCCCUCUAGGUCUCCCUUUAGGGCUGCCUCCCAGCUCAGCCUGGACAGGCCCAAAGCCAGGAAGGAGAGUCUUAGACUCCAGGGAAGGCCCCGGGCCACCCCGACACAGCCAACCCAGGGGAGGGCAGGCCAUGCCCAGUCCAGGCCUGUGUAUUCUCCCCUCCUGAACUCCAGAGACAGCAGAGUGAAUUCAGAGCAGCAGUCCUGGGCUCUUAGGCCAGCAAAGGAAGAAUUGUCCAGGGAGAGAAGCCCUUCCAGGGCCUUUAGCACUUAAGUGCCUGCUAGAUCAGGGCCUGGAGUCAGGGAGGCCUGAGUUUUCUCCCCCUGCAGGACCCUGGACAGGUCACUUUAGCCUGCUUGCCUCAGUUUCCUCCCCUGUCCAAUGGGCUGCAGGAGAAGAGGGCAAAGCCGCCCAGCCUCUGCCCAAAAAGCCCCAAAGGGGUCGGGAAGAGGCAGCCAGGCCUGAACAUCCUGAGCCCAGCAGCUCUGCAGAUACACCCAGACACCCCCCCAGACUGUCCUCUGUCCAUCAGGGCUCAGAGCCCGGGCUCAGCGGCUGCUGCUGCCUUCUGUGGCUUCCCAAAGGGCAGGAGGGAGUUCCUGGGCCUCCCCCAGGCCUCUGAAGAGUCUUUGGGCUUUGUGUGCUGGGGGAGGUGCUGAAGGAGACCUUCCUCAGCUGGCCCAGAGGCCCAGGAGACCCCGAGGAUGCAGUUCUGUUUCCAAGGCCCUGGGGGGGGGGGGUGCUCUGGGAGCCCCCAGGCUCAGGCUCUUUUUGUCUGGAUCCCACAGUGGGAGAAACUGAGGCAAAGGCUGGGGAGGGCCUUGGGCAGGCUCCCCCUGCUGGGGCUGCUGCCCUCUGCCUCAGUUUCCUUCUCUGUCAAAACCGGGGAUCCAAGAGGCAACUCCACAGGCCCUGGGUUAGGGGAGAUCCAUUGGUUGAUCAAUCAUUUAGUCAAUUAAUUGACACUUAUGAGGCACCUGCUGUGUGCCAGGCUGUAGCCUGAGGUAGCUUCCAUGCCAAAGCAGCAGCGAGGCUGGGCGGGAAGGGGAAAUGGGGGUGGGGGAGAAGGCUGCAGCCCCCCAGGUUGGGGAACAAUUCCUAUGUGACCCCUCCCCCACCGAGUCUCUACAUGGAGUGGUCUAGACAGGAGGACUCCAUUUUCCAGAAUGCCGGUGUCAUGACAUCCUGCAUGUCUUGGCCCUCCGCCUGUGGAGGACUCCAUUUCCCAGAAAGCCAGUUACCUGACCUCCCCGGUCCUGGCUCCUCCCCACCGAGACGGCCUCCGGGCAUGCUUGGAACUCACAUGGGCAAUCUCAGCUCCUGGAAGACUUGCUGCUGUUGUUCUAGGAUCUUUACUAGAAGCAGAGACUAAUUUUGAAGUGAAGGAGAUGUUUACAAAACUGAUGAUUUUUGUGGAAGGAUCUGACCUUGAAAGAUGCAUGAUUGAGGGUUCCCAUAACUUCAUUUUCAGAGAAAUUUGUGACUCUGAUGUCAAGAUCAAUAGAAAUCUAAAGAGUGACCAUGAAGUUGAUGUUGCUACAAAGAAAUUCAGUCAAUUUUCAGUCCUAAAUCAUUAUAUUAAAGUGACCUCAGAAAAUGUCUGUUGUCAGAAUAGUCAAUACAGCAAAUGCUUUCCUGAAUAAGUAGGACUUUUUCAGUGGAAUGAGAAAACUUCUGAAAAGCCCAUGUAUCAAGGUAGCCUAGGAGCAAUGGCCUUUGGCUGCAGUUUAGACAUCAUUAGACAUCCAAAAAGUAAAUGGGUAGAGAUGGUUGUUCUGAAGAAAGAAGUUGGGAAACUUUUCAGUCAAAACUCUGAUCUUGCUGCACAUCAAAUACUCCAUCUGGGAGAGAAACCAUAUGAAUGUAAAGAGUGUGGAAAGGGUUUUACAUGGAAGAAAUCUUUUGCUGCACAUCAGAGAAUCCACACUGGAGAGAAACCUUAUGAAUGAAAACAGUGUGGAAAGGCUUUCAUGUAGAGGGGCUCCCUUGCAGCACAUCACAGAAUCCACAAUGGAGAGAAACCUUAUGAAUACAAUCACUGUGGAAAGGCUUUCACACAGAUGAGUUCUCUUGCAGCACAUCAGAGAACCCACGAUGGAGAGAAACCUUAUGAAUGCAAUCACUGUGGAAGGGCUUUUAUCAAGGACAUCUCUCGCUAAACAUGAGAAAAUCCACACUGGAGAGAAACCUUAUGAAUGUAAACAGUGUGGAAAGGCUUUCACACAGAGGGGCCCUCUUGUUGCCCAUAAGAGAAUCCACACUGGAGAGAAACCUUAUGAAUGUAAACACUGUGGAAAGGCUUUCACAUUGAGAGGAAGUCUCACUAAACAUCAGCUAAUACACAUUGGAGAGAAACCUUUUGAAUGUAAACACUGUGGAAAGACUUUCACAUCAAGAGGAAGUCUCACUAAACAUCAGCUAAUUCACACUGGAGAGAAACCUUGUGAAUGUAAAAAAUAUGGAAAGGCUUUCACACAGAGGGACAAUCUUGCUGCACAUCAUAAAAUCCACCCUGUAUAGUAACCUUAUGAAUAUAAACUGUGGAAAGGCUUUCACAUAGAAGGGCAAUCUUUUUGCGCAUCAGAGAAUCCACACUGGAGAGAAACCUUGUGAAUGUAAGCACUGUGGAAAGGUUUUCACAUACAGGAGCUCUCUUGCAAAACAUCAGCUAAUCCACACUGGAGAGAAACCUUAUUGUAUUGGAAAACAUGCAAUAUUCUACAUCAUGCAUUUAUCAUUUUUAGUAAUGUUAGAUUGGAAACUUCCUGUAAAAAUUAGUGAAUGUUAGGUAUCCUUUUGAAGGAAGAUACUAAUCUCUCCUUAUGAAGAAUAGAGAAAUACUCCCCUCCCCCAGCAACUUUUUAUAGAUACAUAAGUAUCCUCCUUUUAUUCAUGUCAUGGAGAUUCAUGGAGAGUGGAAGAAUUCCUCUCUACCCAGGAGACAGGUUGGAUUACAGAAGAUAAAAUGAACAGUUCUUAUUUUUUGAAAAAGUACAUUUAUAAUUGAAAGGGAAGCCCUUAGCUGGGAAACAAAUUUGAGGCAAGUUUCACUUUUCAGGUCUCCUAUCCAAGGGAUAUCGAGAACAGAUGCUCAUUAUAUAGGAAGAAUGGAGACAAUAGACAGCUUUCUUUUUCCUUUUUUUUUUUAAUUUAUCCCUUACCUUUGGUCUUUGUAUCAUUUCUAAGACAAGCUGAAAAGGCUAAGCAAUGUGAGUUAGUGAUUUCUCCUUCUUGGUAGUGUGGAAAGGAAAAUUGUGAAUCAAGCUUUUGCAUUUUUGCCCACUGAGAUGGAGCAGACAUCAGUUGGAAUGUAAUAGGAGGGGCAGUGACAGUUGGAGUGAGAGAAGAGGAUUGUGGGAGAAACCAUAACAGGUAUGGUCUUUUCCCUCUGACCAUGGCUGAGUGUGGAGAAAAGACCAGGAGCUCUAUAUCCCAACUUGUGAAAAACCUUGCCUCCAUUCCCUUGCCCUGGAGAAAAAAAAGGUUCCUGUAUGUGUGAGAGCAUCCAUUUGAGGAAGAACAAGAUAAAAACAUCCAAAGAGGAAGUCUCCCCACCUUGGGGCUCCCAUGCUCUGAAGGACCACAGUCUGGCCCUAGCAGAAAAUCCAGAGCCAGAGGAAAUGGCCCCCGGGACCCUGAGACCCCCCUCCCAGGGAUUAAUAACAUUCAAGGACGUGGCUGUGGACUUCACACAGGAAGAGUGGUGCCUAUUGGACCAUUCUCAGAAGGAGCUAUUCCUGGAGGUUAUGCUAGAGAAUGUACACAAUCUACUUUCUGUGGGUAUUCCAGUUCCUAGAAAAUAUUGUACCUCCUGUUUUCAGCAAGGGGAAGCACCAUGGCUGCUAGAGCAAAAAGACCCAAGGAGCUCCUUUUCAGAAGCAGAGGCUAAUUUUGAUGUAAAGGAGAUGUCUACAAAGCUGAGACAUUUUGUGGAAGGAUCUGGCCCCCAAAACUGCAUGAAUGAGGAUCCCCAUGAUGUCAUUUUGAGAGAAAUUUGUGACUCUGAUAUCAAGAUAAACAAAAAUCUAAAGAGUGACUGUGAAUUUGCUGACGCUACAGAGAAAUUCAGUCAAUGUUCAGUCCUAAAUCAGUAUAUGAAAGUGACCUCAGGAAAGGACUAUUGUCUGGAUAGUCAACAAAGUCAAUGCUUUCCUGAAGAAGUAGAACUUGGUUGGUCAAAUAAGAAAACUCCUGAAAAGCCCAUGUAUCAAGGUAACCUAGGAGGAAUAGCCUUUGGCUGCAGUUUAGACCUCAUUAGCCAUUCAAAAAGUAAAUGUGUAGAGAUACUUUCUGUGAAUGAUAAAGGUGGGAGACCUUUCAGUCAAAACUCUGAGCUUGUUGCUCAUCAGAGAAUCCACAAUGGGGAGAAACCUUAUGAAUGUAAAGACCGUGGAAGUGCCUUUACAUGGAAGAAACCUUUUGCUGCACAUCAAAGAAUUCACAAAGGAGAGAAACCUUAUGAAUAUAAACAAUGUGGAAAGGCUUUCACAGAAAAGAGAUCUCUUGCUAAACAUCAGAAAAUUCAUACUGGAGAAAAAUCUUAUGAAUGUAAACAGUAUGGAAAGGCUUUCACAACAAGAGGCCAUUUUGCUGCACAUGAGAGAAUCCAUAAUGGAAAGAAAUCUUAUGAAUGUCAUCACUGUGGAAGGGCUUUUAUAACCAGAACAUCCCUCACAAUACAUCAGAGAAUCCACAGUGGAGAGAAACCUUAUGAAUGUAAACAGUGUGGAAAGGCUUUCACAGAAAGUUCAUCUCUUGCUAGACAUCAGAGAAUCCACACUGGAGAGAAACCUUAUGAAUGUAAACAGUGUGGAAAGGUGUUCACACAAAGUGGCCAUCUUGUUGCACAUACGAGAAUCCACACUGGAGUGAAACCCUAUGAAUGUAAACAGUGUGGAAAGGCUUUCACACAAAGAGGCCAUCUUAUUGUACAUGAGAGAAUCCACACUGGAAUGAAACCCCAUGAAUGUAAACAGUGUGGAAUGGCUUUCACAGAUAGGAGAUCUCUUGCUAGACAUCAGAGAAUCCACACUGGAGUGAAACCCUAUGAAUGUAAACAGUGUGGAAAGGCUUUCACACGGAGGGACAAUCUUGCUAAACAUCAGAGAAUCCACAAUGGAGAGAAACCUUAUAAAUGUAAACAGUGUGGAAUGGCUUUCACAGAAAGGCGAUCUCUUGCUCGACAUCAGAGAAUCCACACUGGAGAGAAACCUUAUAAAUGUAAACAGUGUGGAAAGGCUUUCACAGAAAGAGGCCAUCUUGUUGCACAUAAGAGAAUCCACACUGGAGUGAAACCCUAUGAAUGUAAACAAUGUAGAAAGAUUUUCACACAGAUGGGCUCCCUUUCUAGACAUCAGAGAAUCCACAAUGGAGAGAAAAUUUAUAAAUGUAAUUACUGUGAAAGGGCUUUUAUAACAAGGACAUCUCUCUCUAACCAUGAGAAAAUCCACACUGGAGAGAAACCUUAUGAAUGUAAACAGUGUGGAAAGGCUUUCACACAAAGAGGCCAUCUUAUUGCACAUGAGAGAAUCCACACUGGAAUGAAACCCUAUGAAUGUAAACAGUGUGGAAAGACUUUCACACAGAUGGGCUCUCUUGCUGCACAUAAGAGAAUCCACACUGGAGAGAAACCUUAUGAAUGUAAACAGUGUGGAAAGGCUUUCACACAAAGAGGUCAUCUUUCUGCACAUAAGAGAAUCCAUGAAGGAGAAUAACCUUAUCAAUAUAAACAGUGUGGAAAGGCUUUCAUGCAGAGGGACUCUCUUGCAGCACAUCAGAGAAUCCACAAUGGAGAGAAACUUUAUGAAUGUAAUCACUGUGGAAGGGCUUUUAUAACAAGGACAUCUCUCACUAUAAAUGAGAAAAUCCACACUGGAGAGAAAUCCUAUGAAUGUAAACAAUGUGGAAAGGCUUUCACAUAGAGGAGCAAUCUUGCUAAACAUCAGUGAAUCCAUACUGGAGAGAAGCCUUAUGAAUGUAAGUAGUGUGGAAAGUCUUUCACACAAAGGGGCCAUCUUGUUGCACAUAAGAGAAUCCACACUGGGGAGGAAACCUUAUGAAGGUACAGAAUGUGGUAAAGCUUUCACAAUGAGGAGUAAUCUUACUAAGCAUCAUAGCAUUCAUAUUGAGGAGAAAAAUUAUGAAUGGCAUCAAUUUAGAUAGGCUUUCACAUAAACCCUACAGUUGCUUCAUGUCAGAAAAUCUUCACUGGAGAAAAACCUCAUGAGUGAGGUUGCUCUUAUAGUUGCCACUUUUAGAUUAAACAUUAGAGGAUCCACACUUCAGAGAAACUUUAGGAAGAUGUUGAAUUCAGAAAGGGCUUCAGGUAACAAUCAUAUCUUAUUUCCAGGUUAGAAUUCCUUUUGGAUAGGAAUCUUAUUACUGUCUAGGAAGAAGAAAGACAUUGAUAUGGAGAAUCCUGAGCUUGUUCAGUGUGAGAAAAUGUCUUUUGAUCAGACCAAUUCCAGAUGAAUUCCCUCUAGAAAGGCUUUCAUCCAAAAAUCAUCUCUUCAUAUUAGCAGAUUUAUAGUACAGAAAAACCUAACAAAUGUGCUUAAGUUUUAUGCAUUUUCCUCAGGACAAGGGUGAUCACUAUAAUUUAUAAGUCUUUGGGACCACAUCACAUCUGUUAGAUUGGCUAUUAUGACAGAAAGGGCAAGGGACAAAAGUUAGAGGAGAUGUGGGAAAACUGAGAUACUAAUGAACUAUUGAGUGGAUUUGUGAACUGGAUGGAGCAAUUUUGAACUGCAUCCAAAGAACAUUAAGACACAAAAAGAAAAAGGACCUAUAUGUAUUUUUUUUUUAAAACCCAACACUUAAAUCUUCUCUUUUUGGGUUGACAAGAAUUAGAAAGUAAAAGGGAACUCAUCAACUUGGAGAUGGCUGAGUAAAUUGUGGCAUAUAAUUAUAGUGGAAUACUGCUGUUUUAUAAUUAAUGAGUAGAAGGAGGAGCUGGGAAAAACCUAGAAAGACUUGAGAACUGAUCCUGACUGAAUUUUGCAAUACCAGGAGAACCACAGCACGUUGUGACAGAAAUAUUGUAUGCAGAACAAUUGUGAAUUGAGUUAUUCUCAACAAUACAGUGAUCGAAAUCAAUCUCAAAGGACUGAUAAUCAAAACUUUUAUGUUUCCAGAGAAAGAAUUGAUGAAAUCUGAAUCCAGACCAAAAAAAGUUUUUUUCACGUUUUAAAUUUUUGUUGUUUGUUCGAGUUUAGUUCCACAGAAGGAUCAAUAUGGGGAAAUGUUUCAUAUAAUUCUACAUGCAAAAUUUAUAUGCGAUUUCUUAAUAUCUCUUGGGCAUGGGAGAGAAAAUCCAAGACUCAAAAGUUUUGAACAAAUGUUGGAUAUUGUUUUUACACAUAUUACACAACAAAUAAUUGUUGUCAAAAAAAUGAAAUGAUGGAGAAGAGUUGAAUAUUCAGUGGUGAACAACAUUCUUUCUAGAAUGAACGUGUAGCAGUCCACACCUAUUUAGGGACAAGGGAAUCAGUUAGAAUGUAAAGAUUGUCUUAGAAGAGAGCAUGCUCAGUCCUGCACAUGGCAAGUAAAGCCUUUUGACCCUUGAUUCCAGUGUCCCCCAGUUUAGGUGCGAAAUCGGGUUUCUUUGUGCUCACCUGGCUGAGACAAACUACACCUAUACCUUGUCAUUAACCAAUGAUAAUACACUAUGUACUCAUCCCUAUGUAUUGUGCACAUUUGCAUCUCAAUGGUAAUAAAUAGGAGCUCCACAGAAGGCCAGGUCUCUUUACCUUAUCAUCCCUCACCUGUCUCUGUCUUUCCUGCAACUUAGCCUCUGGCUAAGCUCACUCUUUAACUUCCUCUCUCUAUCUUUCCUUUUCUCUCUAAAGACCCUUCCUUAUUAUCAUCCUAAUUCUCUAGCCAGAACGGUCUGGGUUUAGAGUAUUCACUCUAAAAGACCGGGUUUUCCUCUCAGCUAAUCUCUAUAUUCCUAUAUCCACGUAUUGUUAAUUUAGGACUGCUUAGCGGUAUCAUGUCCUCAUGAUAGCUAAGUAGUGGGGACUUUUCUGUGGAGCACCAUUGUCAAAUAUUACGUGUGUAUCUGCCUGCUUCUUGUCCAUCUCCUUGGCUGCAGUCCUUUUCCAAGGUCAGCUUUCUAUCUUUCCUUUCGUGGGAAGGCUGCGGGCCGGCCUUCCUGCUUUAGAAGGGGUGUACAAGGAAUAAUUAAAGGAAUGGUUUCACUUUAAGCUGAUACUUGACGAUACACUGGACACGUUAUUCUGGAGAUAAGAUUCAGUGCCUCUAAUUGACUAGGAAAGGCAUUUUGCUGUUGUACAGACUUCAUAGACUUUCCCACAGAGAAGCCCUCAUUAAACGACCCAAAUUUCAUAUUUUGCAAAAACUACUACAAUAAAGACUUUUUUCUCUGAAA